GCCCCGGUCUCUGUUUGUCUUCUCCCUCCACCACCUCCACCUCCCUCCCCCCUCCUCGCCGAGUCGCCGUCCCCUCGCUUUCAACCCCCCGGACGAAAGCAAGAAUUCCUCGCUAGAAUCCGACCCCGGGCCGAUUUGCGUGGAUUCCGUGCGGCCCCUUCUGCGCCAUGGACUUCUGAUCCGGGGCCUCUCGGAUCUUGGGAGGAAGGUGGGUGACGGGCGGUGGGCGGUGGGCGGUGAGCCGGCCCGGAGAUGGCCGGCGGGAAGGAGCCGAUCGAGGUCAAGUUCCGGCUCUUCGACGGCACGGACAUCGGGCCCAGCAAGUACGACCCCGCCACCACCGUCUCCGCGCUCAAGGACUUCAUCCUCGCCCGGUGGCCGCAAGAUAAGGAAAUAACUCCGAAAACUGUCAAUGACCUGAAGCUCAUCAAUGGUGGAAAGAUAUUGGAGAAUAACCGGACACUUGCCGAGUCGCGUGUUACAAUAGGAGAGGUCCCUGGAGGUGUAAUUACAAUGCAUGUGGUAGUGCGCCCUCCACAAGUUGACAAAAACCGUGAGAAGCAGCUGGGCAAUUCCCCCAAGCAGAACAGAUGUGGAUGCACCAUACUGUGAUACGGCACCUCCCCGGUGAUGUUCGAUGCGCCUAGUUGUAGAAUUUCUCUUGUGCUUUUGUUGCGUCAACGGCGCGGUGUGUAUUCAUUUUGACAUCCAGUUCCUGGAGCCAUUGAAACUCGAUCUAGAGACGCAUGCAUGUACUCGACACUCCUGAAAGCAUGCUGGGGAUCUGGUGGGACUGGCUGGGAGUAAAGGUUCCUCCUUGGGAUGUUGCUGCUGUAGCAGGAGUCAAGGAAUGGAUUGGAUGCUUGCUGUUGUGUAAAUUGUAUUGUGGAAACAACCAUCUUUUCAUUUUUCCUUUGGCUAUGUUUGACAUUAUAUCGAUUCUUUUUA